AAACACAUCAAAUAUCCCACGAGGAAGAAAUGCAUUUCAUCACUUCCGCCAGCCCCUGCAUUUUACCACGAGCAACCCCGUGAAUCUUUCUUUUCGCGCAUCAUGGCGGACCGGUUCAAUAAGGUUCUGCUGCUUGAUGGCAGGGGCCAUUUACUUGGCCGGCUUUCUGCCAUUGUGGCCAAACAACUUCUUCUGGGACACAAAGUUGUGGUGGUGAGAUGUGAAGGCAUCAACAUUUCCGGCAACUUUUACCGUAACAAACUGAAGUACCUGGCUUUCCUACGUAAGAGGAUGAACACCAACCCCUCUCGUGGCCCUUACCACUUCAGAGCUCCUAGCAGGAUCUUCUGGAGGACAGUCAGAGGUAUGCUGCCCCACAAAACCAAGAGAGGCCAGGCUGCUCUUGAGAGGCUGAAGGUGUUUGAUGGCAUCCCCCCUCCCUACGACAAGAGGAAGCGCAUGGUUGUCCCAGCUGCUCUGAAAAUUGUGCGUCUGAAGCCCACUCGCAAGUUUGCUCUUCUUGGGCGUCUGGCACAUGAGGUUGGCUGGAAGUACCAGGCUAUCACAGCCACUCUGGAGGAGAAGAGAAAGGAGAAAGCCAAGCUCCGCUAUGCCAAGAAAAAGUCUGUGAUCAAGCUGACCAAGCAGGCAGAGAAGAACGUUGAGGGAAAGAUUGCAAAAUACACAGACGUUCUGAAACAGUACGGUGUACUUGUCUGAGCUAGUUUCUUCUGGCUAAUAAAUAAUAAAUGUUUA